AUGGGGGUUUUAAGAGGGAGAGAGUUAGCGAGGAGAUUUUUUUCUCGCAAGCCGCUUAGCAUGGGUGUUCGUUUGUUCGGGGAGGGGAGAAGCCGGAGGACGCGGGACGGGCCUAUGCUAGCAUGUGCGGGAAAGGUGGUAGAGGCCGUGUUACACUCAAGGCUACUCGGUUGGUCCGCUGCGAGCUACCAUGCAUAUAGGUAUGCUUGGCCUACUACGGCUAGAGUUGCGGGCGAUAAGGUGUGUAAGACUAGCUCGUGA